AUUUACAAUACAGUAUGUUGCCCUGGCAUCUAAUGUCGUCAUGAUGAAAAGUCCCACGUCUGAUUGGUGGUGGUAAAGAGAUAAACGUUGAUAAAAGAUUUUGCACAGUGACACAGCAAUGAAGAACACCCAUCAAUACGAUGCAGAACUAUCUUGAGCUCUAAAAAGGUAUGAUAUGAACUGAAAAUAUGUAUUUUAUUGUAGAGAACUAUUAAAACUAUUAUUGUAGUUUAGCAUUCAUGCACUUCAAACUAUUUUAAAAUAAAUAUUGUUUACUUUAAAUAUUGUUAAUCAUUUAUUGAAAACUGAUUUUCAGGAACACAGAAACAUGGCACCAGAAGUCACUGUCAACCUUACUGAUGUUAAUUACAUGCAUCUUUGUUAUGAAAUAGAUAAUUUCUUUAACAUAAUGAAAGGCAAUACUUCUGCAAUGUGUGUUUCAUUAUAUAUUUUCCUUGGCUCAUUAUCUGUUGUCACAGUAUGUGGAAACCUUCUUGUAGUAAUCUCCAUCAUCUAUUUCAAACAGCUCCACAGUCCUACUAAUUCUCUCAUUCUCUCUCUGGCUGUGGCUGACCUGCUUGUUGGUGUUGUAGUUUUUCCUGUAAGCAUGACAUUUACUGUAACCUCGUGUUUUUAUUAUAAAGAUAUAUUUUGCAAAGUACGAGACAGCUUUGAUGCAAUGCUGAGCACAGCUUCCAUUUUGAAUUUAUGUUGUAUUUCCAUUGACAGAUAUUAUGCAGUGUGUCAGCCUCUGACCUACAGAACUAAGAUAAAUGUUAAUGUUGUCGUGGUCAUGAUCCUGCUCAGCUGGGGUGUUUCUCUUCUAGUUACCAUUGGCUUUAUGAUUCCAGAUUUAACACAUGAAAAAUGUGAAGAAAAUUGUUUUAAUGAUGCCCUACUUGCAGACAUUUUUGGACCCAUGUUCUCAUUUUAUCUACCAGUGAUUGUAAUGCUCUGUAUCUACCUAAAGAUUUUCCUUGUGGCACAGGAACAGGUACGCAGCAUCCAGAAUACAACCUGUCAGAGCAAAAAGUCUGGAGCAACUGUUAGUAAGAUGGAGAGAAAGGCCACUAAAACUCUUGCGACCGUUUUGGGAGUUUUCCUGAUGUGUUGGUCUCCUUUCUUUCUCUGUUUUACCUUUCAGCUUUUUCUCCAUGUAUCAGUGCCACUUCCAUUGUUUGAAACACUUAACUGGAUUGCACUGUUAAACUCCAUGCUCAAUCCCUUUAUUUAUGCUUUCUUUUACAGCUGGUUCAGAUCAGCUUUCAGAAUGAUUGUUUCUGGGAAAAUAUUUCAAGGUGAUUUUUCUAACACAAAACUGCUUUGA